AUGUUUAGUUGUUCAUGUGAUACAAUGGUGGCGAUGAGUGAUGUAACUCAUGAUGGUUCAAUUAAAUUUGGUAAAAGUAGUGAUCGUCAAGUAAAUGAACCACUGGCAAUGCGUUAUGUACCUGCUGCUACUCAGUUACCUAAUUCAAAAUUACGAACGACUUAUAUUGAAAUCGAUCAAGUUGAAAAAGCUCAUUCAUCUAUAUUAUUUUCUCCUAGAA